AUAAUAUCAUUUUGAUAAAAAUAACAUUCUUUCGUUUUGUAUAAAUUAAAAUCUGUAUCUUUUUUAUCUCUGCUAUAUGUGCUUUGACUGUGUUAAAGUUUAAUAACGCAUGCGCGUAGGACCAUGACUUGGCUAGUAUUGUGCUACCAACGUGAAAUAAUAAUUCGGCGGCGCGAUUUUAUUGAUCCAACUCGACCCCGGGCAUUUCGCCGGGAUAGACGAAGCUCAGUCUUGUUCCUUAAUGCGCCCAGUGUAAAGUGAUUCUCUAAAUUGGAACGCGUUUAAUCAAUACUUUUUCUCAAGAAAAAGUAACAAUGGAUAGUAAUAGUACUAUGACCAGUUCGGGGUUAUUGGAUUGGGAGCUAUCCCUACCAUCCGACCAGAUAAUAUCCCACGGAUGGUACCACGGAGCUCUCAGUCGAACGGCUGCCGAAAAUCUUCUGCAACAAGAUCGCCAGUUCCUCGUGCGGGAGUCGUCUUCGCAACCAGAUAACUACGUACUUAGCUGCCGCUCAAAUGGACAGCAUUUGCAUUUCGUCAUACAACGCAUCGUAGUUCAUCCUGACACGGUCUACGAGAAAUAUCAAUAUCAGUUUGAGGAUGAAGCAUAUGAUACUGUAGCAGAUCUUAUCACUUCCUACGUAGGCUCCGGCAAGCCUAUAUCGGCAGCCUCCGGAGCCAGAAUUCAAUAUCCAGCGAAUCGAGUUGUACCCUUGACAAACUACACCACCGAAGAUAUGGCUUCUGUGUCUUCGCCGAUGGGGGAAUCAUCUAGCUACAGCAACCCCUAUAGUGUGUACAGCCACUUUGCUGCGAAACCCGGGGCCCAACUUCGAGUCCCAUUUAAAAAACAAAGAUCGCAUUCCCUAACACCAACAGAUGUAACUCAGCACGCAACUCAAGGAAAGAGUGCUAGUGCAGAUGGUGUUAUACAAAGCCAAACUAAUAAACACCACAAACAUUUGUCUGGUGAUUCCAGCUCCAGCUCGGGAACAUGGGAUGCAAACUUGCCGACGAGCCCGCCGGCCAAACCGGUUCGCUUCGAAGCACCGAGGGCAGAUGAGAGACGUCUGGAGCUUCAACGAUUCUACGUUAUUUCUGGUUCCGAUUCGGGCAAUGGAUCUGGUGAUUCGACACAAAGCUCUUCUCACAGUGACCCGAAUAGAUCAAGAUUGGACAUAGAAUAUACCUUGGUGACACCAAUAAUAAGGCAACAAUUCGAUUUUAAUAUGGCAGAAGCCAGGCUUUUACAAGCGCAAAAUGUGGACUACGUGAUCGCAUCGAGGAUUAACUUGGGAAACUUCCAAUCACAGAUCAUUCCGAUGAAUCUAACUAAGCCCUUAGAGUCGGACACUUUACAUACUAUUAAACUGAUGCUAAGGACGUGUGGACCGCGUAUUUUGGCAAAUCAUCUGACUAAGGUAGACUAUCACUUCUUGAUAGACGAUGCUCUUCAAAUUGAAGGAUUGGACAAAACUGCCUCAGGGCUAGAGUUAUGCUUUUUGCCUCAAGGUCCAUCAUUGCGUCUGGAUGUGAUAGAAAGAGUUGAAACUUUCCGGCUCCUUGUAGCGGUUACAAUAUUAACCUGCCAAACGGAUAGGCAACGAGCAGACACUAUUAAUGAUUGGAUUCUCCUCGCUGUGGAAACAAAGACAGCACUGGGAAAUCUGUAUGGUUUUUCUGCUAUCAUGUUUGGCCUUUGCAUGCCCCAGGUGCAGUGCUUGGAAAAUGCAUGGAACAUCUUACGUCAAACUUACACAGACAGCGCAAUUAUGUUUGAAUCUAAAUUGAGGCCAGGAUUUAAAAGCAUGAAUGCAGGAACAAACCCUCUACCUCCCAACACCACCACGCCGAAUGUGUUGCCGCCAGUUGUUUGUUGCCACGUGUUUGAUGGCGAAGGAGGUGAUGCUUUGCCGCCUGAUCUCACGUUCCCGGACAGUCUUAUGAACACACUGAAUUUCGAUUUCUCCGUUACAAAUGCGCAUUUGGAUGCGGCACGACUUUUCCCAUCUCAAAUCGACAUAUUCAAAAGAAACGCCCGUACAGUUAUCCAAUCGAUGUCGCAACUGGGACCAGUUCUGGAUCCAGUAUUACUCGAACUCUUCAAAACUGAAUUUCAUAUUAAUUUCCUCUGGGGCGAACGUGGUGCUCUGACUACGCCGAGCCAAAGAUUUGCGAGGCUGACAGAUAUAUUAACAACCAUGGCUACAAAGAUAACAAACCAACCUCUGCCGCUGGAGGACUUUAUUGAAAAUUUAAAUCAUUAGAAUGUAAACAUUAUCGAAUGAAUUCGAAAUGUUUAAUCAAUCGAUGUAACAGUACAUUUAAUUUAUAUUAUUCAUUAAAAUAAAGAUAACAUUUAGAUUUGAUCUGGGCGACGAAAACUAGGUGCGCCUACCCUAUAUAAGCGAGAUAGGGAUCUCCUAUGUAGAGGAUACUACUUAAAUAUGUGUAUGAUGAUUACAGUUACGAUUCGUCGCCGACUAAUAGGCCAGAUUUUAGAGCUGUCUAUAGUUGUGGUUUUAAAUUUAAUAUUGUUAUUAGACGAUUUUAAUUUUAUGAAGACGAUUAAAAUCGUUUAAAAUUAUUUAUGAUAACAUUCUAUUUCUGUGCUAUGUGUGUAGUGAUAGAACUUUCAUUCAUUGUACUAAUUUAUUUUAUCGUUGUUGUUG